AAAGAUGAAAUUUCGCGCCCAAAUCAAUCAGCUCCAGGACGCAUUUGCUUGACGCGGCCUGGGAAAGCUGGGACUAGUAAAGUCGAAACAAAAAUAAUGGCCGAAAGGAAACUUGCCUCACAGACUCUUCAAAGAUUUAGUGAACUAGAGGAACUUGCAGAAGAAAUUAUGGAAGACAAACAUCAGGUGAAGCAUAUUCUGUGACUUAGAGUCAAGUCGUUAUCGCCAUGUAUGCAAUCUGUCUCUUGCAACCUCGUCCCCAUGAGGCUAUAUAGGGCGCUUUUCCCUUCGUUUUUGGGCUGAUAAGUAAAACCUGCAUGAUAAAUAUACACUAAUAGGCGAGGUAAGUUGACUUUUACUUGCUACGGAAAAAAAAAACGUUCAAAAGUAUGGCCGCAGUUCCGCGCACCUCUUCAGAAAUUGCAGUUUUUGCUUUACCCCCUCACAGACAAAGAGACUCUGUUUUAAUACCAGCCCUGAGAAAUACAUGAUGUGUUUAUGUGAUUUUAUCUAGCACGCCAGAGCAGAUAACUUUUGAGUCUUUGUUUUAAAAGCCUUAAAAGCGUUUGCUCUCACAGGCCAGCUUUUUUCUAAUCUGGCCUUCUUUGAACACCCCUGGCCUGGUGAAUAAAGCCAUCCUUAGAGGGGGAUGGGACAGGAAAGGGAGGCGUAGAGGGGCAAUCAUCAUUAACCCCUUUAAUUCCACAUGAAAAUUUAACUGCAAAGCCUUGUCAUAUUUCCAGCUAACAUCACAGAUCUUUCUACUUUUGUUCUCUGUAAAUAUUUUUGUUAGAUUGUUGAGCUUGACAAGAAAAGAAAUGCAAACCGAGAAGCUAUGAGAGCACUCAAAAAAGGAGAUACAAAAUCUGGUACAGUAAAGGAGUUCAAUUUUGUUCCUCUUCAAUCACCGUUUUUGUUUCUUCUGUCUAUAACCUUCUAUGUCUGAGUUAGACACAGGGACUAUCCCUGCUGAGUGGGUGCAUGAGGCUUUGCGGUGAUGUGGUUUAGCUCAUUUUUUGGUGCCGUUUUGCAGAAAUUUUAAUUUUAAGUUUUAAGAAACCAAGCAGUUUGUGGUUUUUAGAAGUUUUUGGGUAAUUUCAAUGCGGUUUGGACUUUUAUUAUGUUUUUCUGUGCGGUUUUUACAGUCUUCUCCCUUAAUUUUAGUUCAGCAGGUAAGGGACUGUUCAUAGCCGGUAAAACAAAAAAAUAGUAAUAAUAUUAUUAUUUUUUUGCACCAGAGAUGCACUUUCCUAGGAGUAGGGGGGUAGUGGAGUGCGGGAAAUGGCUCUGCCCUUGCUGGGAAAUUUAAGAGCUAAGUUCUCUGAAACGUCAUUCUCUCAUUUUAAGACCUUUUUUACACAAAUUAGCCAUUGUUACCUUUUCACAACAAUAAUAUUAUUUAAAAGGAUCGAUUCUAAUAAUUUUACUCUGUCUUCAAUGUUCCCUUUCCAAAAUGUGUGGCCCGUAAAAAGAAAAGCUGUGUACACGUACAGCUCAACCUGCAACUAUUAUUAUUAUGAAGAUCACUGGCUGCACGCAAAAGUUCAGAAUGUAUUAAGGCAUUUUUUAAUGAUCAGACAGACCAAAAACAUUAUCCCCCAAAUGUUAAAUAAUAGUUUAUUUGUAAAGCAAAUUUAUUAUCUUUUUUAGCCAUCAAGUCUUGGGUAUGUUUUGGAAACACCUUUAUGAAGCUUCCCAGCUCCAAUGUACAAGAAAUGUUACAGAAAGGUUAGUGUGCAUAAUAAAAAUAUAUGCUACCUACACCUCAUCUCUCCCUAAAAGCAACAGUAUUGCUGCAAAAUUUGUUAAAAAAGCACUUUAAAUACCUUUCUUUUUUGGUUAGAUCAAAAGAACUUAGAAGAGGAAAUUUCCAAGCUUCGGAAAGACCUAAAGCCUAAAGUCUCCAAACUCCAUGAACUAGAAGGUUGGUUGCCAGUCUUAUAUGUUUCUAUUUUUUUCUCUGUGAAUGCUUUUAAAGAGAUACAUGGGGAAGCAGGGUGGGUAGUCAGGGAAGAUACAUGUGUGUGAUGACCACAGGAUACCCACUUAAAAACCAAACACUUGACACUAUGUUUAAAAAAUUAGUACAACCAAUGAGUACCUUUUUGACACAUUUCUGAAAUUGGCAACAAAAUUAAUGAGACGUUGUCCUCAAGUGGGGUACAUUAUGUGUAUGUUUGGAAAAUAAAACAAUCCACACCCCUCCCCUCUGUCUGUCCAUUCAGAGUUGGGUGUCUCUUGUUUUCUACAGGUAGCUCGAACAGCGCCACAACACUGCAUGGAGGGGUUGGGGGAGGGAAAGCCUUAUUUUCCCUUUUUAUGUUGGCAAAAUCUUAGAGAGGCCCUUUAGGAAAAAUGCCGCAACUAAUUUUGUCACCAUUGUGUGUUGUGGGGUACUUUUGUUAGAAUUUACUUACCUGUGGGUUAAUUUACACAGGAAGCAACUGAAGAGUUAAAAGUUUAAUGAUGAAGAUAGAAUGGAAACCACUAUAACCAUAAACAAAAAAACUACACCACUCAGAUUUGCCAGCUGUUUCUAAAUCCUUUAUGAUCUCAGCUGUCUGUCUUUAAAAACCAAUCAAAAUGGGUGUACACUUUUGUAUUCAGUACAUUGAAAUAGAUUCUAUUUUACCUUAAUUGUCUGGUCAGUCAUAGAUUGUAGAUGAUGUCAAAAUGUGGUCAAUACAAAAAGAGUGGGUAUACUGCCCUGGGGGACCCCCAUAUGAAAGAAACGGGGGUGCUUGCUGAAAAACUAGAAUUAAACGCCUAAAGGAGACGAAUCGGGGUGUAACUUGGGCUUUAUUUGGCUCCCAAAGGAGACCAUACUCCAACAGAGUAUGAUGUAAAGAUAUUUCUUUAUGCACAACACUGGGUGAUACCUGUAUGGAUAAAAAUAAUGGCUUUCUGUCAAGAAAACCUUCAUUGUAAAUUGUAAUGUAAAUUGUAAAUAUCAUAUUAUUCCCCUCAGAGCUUUUAUGGAUAAUUUAAAGAUUGGUUGGGGUAAUUUUAUUUAACCAGACUGCUUAUGGCGCAGUUUACAAUAUUAUUGAUUAAGUGAUGAUUUGUGAAUGCCCAUCAUCAGGGGCACCCAACGUCAAGUUUCGGAAAAUAUAUGUUCGGAAGACGAUUUGAGAUCUAGAAUUUUCGGAACAUUUUUUGUAAAAUUUCUUGCUUGCCUGCUUCUCCUAGGAUUUUCGAACAUCAAAAAAUAUGGUAUAAUUGGCCAUUUUUAACGGAUUUUUACCCUAAAAAGGUCACCUAGAAUUUCCGGGAGCCUUUUUUCUGGCGGAAGUUUUCGAAAAGGUAAGUUUUGAUCCCUAAAAUUUUCGGAUCACUAGACUUUCAGCUAGGAAAUCUGAACCGAUGGAAAAUUUUUAGGGGAUAAAAAUAUGCCUAUAUCUACCGUUUAAAUACUAAAAUACGUUUAACAAUGCUAUGUUUAAGUGGUUUUGAACUAUAUUCUCGUUGGGUGCCCCGUCCACAGAGUUUCUACCCCUAAGCGAGAUACCGAACAGGGGCAUCCAACGAGGGUAUAGUUCAAAACCACUUAACAUAUCAUUGUUGAACGUAUUUUAGUAUUCAGACAGUAGAUAUAGGCAUAUUUUUAUCCCCUAAAGACUUUUCAUCUGUUCGGAUUUCCUAGCUGAAAAUCUAGUGAUCCGAAAAUUAUAGGGAUAAAAACUUAACUUCUCGAAAAUUUCAGCCAGGAAAAGGCUCCCGAAAAUUCUAGGUGGCCUUUUUUAGGGUCAAAAUCCAUUAAAAAUGAGUAAUUAUACCAUUUUGUAGAUGUUCGAAAACCCUAGGAGAGGCAGGCAAGCAAAGCUAAGCAAGAAAUUUUACAACAAAUGCUCCGAAAAUUCUAGAUCUCAAAUCGUCUUCCGAACAGAUAUUUUCCCGAAAAUUGCCGUUGGGUGCCCCUGACCGAACACUUCCAUCAUUUUCAUAUAAGAGUUAAUUCAGGGACUUACUGAUGUCCUAAUAGUACACCGUUUUCAGGUAAUCACCAAUCAAAGUGCAUAAGACUGUAUAAAGUGUUUUGAAUGGUUUCCUUAUAGGGUUGCCUGAAGUGAAAGGAUUUGACUUAACUGCAUUAACAGAAGAUGACCUAUCGAAUCUAAAGCCUUGA